AUGGCAAAAAUUGAAUUUUCAGACGAUUUUGGAUAUGUUAUCUUAACUGGAGUCGCAUCCAUUGUUUUAACAGUUUAUCUUUCAUUCAGUGUUGUUUCUGCAAGGAAAAAAUACAACGUCAAAUAUCCUACUUUGUAUGCGACAAACGAAGAAGCAGAAAAAGAUAAAAACAAAUUUAUUUUCAAUUGUUAUCAAAGAGCUCAUCAGGUACAACCAAUCAAAUCAUCAAGUCGUGUGGCUUAUGCAAAAGGUUAUCAAACAGGUGAUCCAGUAAAAAGAGGUAGAGGUAGAUUUGGUUUAAUAGGAACACUUGGUCUAUUAGUCACAUGUAUUUUAACUGGUGUAAAUAUGUUGUUGUAA